CUUGACGUUUAUUCUUGUACAACAACAACAUAAACAUUUCCUAUCAUUAUAAGGCUACAAGAAACCCAUCUUCCCAGGCAUCUUGGUCCCGUUUCUAAAAAGGGAAAAGGAGACCCAAGAUGCUGCUGAAGAUGGAUUUAUGUAAGUUCUAACAUCAUUGAUACUGCUUUGGGGCUUCUACGGUAGUCAUGAAACGACUGCAAAAACAGGAGCAGCGACGAUUGAUGGAUCUGCAAGUGUUAGAUUGGUGAAAUCAAUCCACAGUAACAACUGAAAAUGUAUGUUCUUUCUCCACAUGUUAUUUUUACAGGUUUUCAUUCUCCAGUCGAAAACGAGAUACGAGGUGGUUGGCCUUGGUGUGGACGAGAUCGGGUUGUGAUACGAGGUAGAAGGCCAAGGUCGUCGGACGUACGUGGUUGUUGGGGAGACGGAGACGAGGUGGUGGAUAUAAGUCAUAUAAUUCGUUGCAUGCAAAUAUGAAAAACAGACAUGAUGGAUCGGCAUUGAACGUGACUGAUCGGAAUUCAUCAUAA